AUGUCGGCCUACUCCAAGAGCUACAACCCAUUCGACGACGACGCGGAGUAUGACUGCGACAGAGACGCCCGCGACCUCCCCGAAGGGUCCGACGCGCCCUCAGACCCGCAGCUUAGCCUGAGACAGGAGGUCCUGCGCAGGGCCGAAGCCACGGCCGCCAGCACCAGCCGGUCCCUGUCCCUCAUGUACGAGUCCGAAAGGGUCGGGGUCGCUUCUUCCGAGGAACUCAUCCGUCAGCGAGGCGUCUUGGAACACACAGAGAAGAUGGUGGACAAGAUGGACCAAGAUCUGAAAACCAGCCAGACACACAUCAACAGCAUCAAGAGUGUGUUUGGGGGGUUAGUAAAUUACUUCAGAUCCAAGCCAGCAGAGACCCCACCUGAGCAGAAUGGCAUCAUGGCCACUCAGCCCAACAACAGGUUGAAAGAAGUCUUAACAACAAGUAAAGAACAGGAGUCAAAAUACCAGGCCAGCCACCCAAACCUCAGAAAGCUGGACAAUCCAGACACCAUCCCUGGAAAGGCUAGUGCCGCUGUGAUUUCUGAUGAGUACCCCAAGAAUCCACACCUUCGUGCAUAUCACCAGAAGAUUGACAGCAACCUAGGUGAGCUGUCUGUGGGACUAACUCGCCUGAAGGACAUCGCCUUGGGGAUGCAGACAGAGAUUGAGGAGCAAGAUGACAUUCUGGAUCGGCUCACGACCAAAGUGGAUAAGUUAGAUGUCAACAUACAAAGCACAGAGAAGAAAGUCCGCCAACUUUAA